AUGCCCGAAACUCCAAUUCCAACAGAAGACGUGGCCGCCGAGCCGGAGCCGGAGAAGACUGCCCGGCCGCCGGAAGAAGAAGAAGAAGAAGAAGAGGAAGAAGUGGAAGCGACCAAGCCGGGCCCCCGCGCCCUCCGCCUGCAAGAGAUAUACGCCGCGUCGCUGGCCCGCACGCUCGACAAGCUCUCGUACGACAACGUAGCGCCCUGCUACCCGACGAUUGCGCGGCGCGCGUCCCCCGUGCUGCGCCAGGUGCAGGCCCAGAUGGUCGAGCGGCUGCGGGACAAGUGCGAGAAGGAGUUUGGCGCCAUUCUCAGGGCGAGGGACGUGGUGCGCAAGAUGAACGACCUCGAGGGGCUGAUUGCCGACGCGGAGGAGCGGAGGAAACUGCACCGCGAGACGGACCUCCCCACGCCGUACGUUUUCUUCUUCUUCCUCUUUCUUUUACUCGUUUCCACUGUGAAUAAAGCUUUUUUUUUUGCCCUUUGCCCUUUGCUAACGAGGGAAACCGAAUACAGGGCGCACUUGCUAUCCCCUGAAGAGGUGCUGCGGGCGCAUCUAGGUCCCCGUCUCGCGGAGCAGAGGGGCUUGCUCAAUGCGAGGCUGCAGACGACACAGGCGCAGAAUGGGCUGCUGGCGGACCAUGUGAAGGCGCAGAGGGAGGAGAUCGACGCCUUGCUGGGGAGCCUGGAUGCCGCGGUGGAGGAUGUGCGGUCUGCGAAUGGCGUGCUGGGCGGUGUUGUGGGCGAGCUGGCUGGGGAGGCGAGGGGAAUCGAUGCCGAGAUGGGCGACGCCUCUGUUUCAUGA